AUGCACUCUAUGGAGAGAAGAGAUAGAUUUCUGUUGCCUCGCCUGUCCUCCGAGCGUUGGCAGGAGCUCCAAAGCUUUCAUUUGAAGGAUGGCGACGUGUUCAUUGCGGGGUUCCCAAAGUCUGGCACUACAUGGAUGCAGCAGAUUGUCAAACUACUUCGCAGUGGCGGCGACGUAAGGCUAGACAGAGCCAUCCCGUGGUUGGAGGUGCUGGACUCCGACUUUGGCAAGAGACUCGGCUUCACACCUGACAUGGCCACAUCGAGCGACAUCAUCUCCCCUCGAGCGUUCAAGACCCACUUCCCAUAUGAGCUAGUUCCUGGUGGUCUUCCUCACACCACUCCUGCCAAAUACAUCUAUGUGAUGAGGAACCCCAAGGAUGUGUGCGUCUCAUAUUGGCACCAUAGAAAUUUCAUAGGAACGUACGCUUGGGAUGAACACUUUUCUGAGUUUGUAUCCAUCGGAGCCAAAUGGGGUGGCUGGUUUUACCACAUUUUAGGGUGGUGGAAACACAGGGAUUCGCCAAACAUCCUCUACAUCAAGUACAAGGACCUGAAGACUGACCCACUCACUGCCAUCAGCACUAUCGCUCAGUUUAUUGGGAUUCAGAACAUGACCGAUGAACUUCUUCAAAACACCCUGCAAAAAUCUUCUUUCUCAAGCAUGAAGGCAGACCUAUCUUGUAACAACAGCUGGCUAUUUCGUUCAGGUCUGUUGUUUGAAAAAGCAGGCAGUGGAGAGUUCAUACGCAAUGGAGAGGUUGGGAGCUGGCGUGAUCAGUUUUCUGAGGAACAGAGCAAAGUGUUUGAUGACCUUUUUGCCAAUAAGAUGUCUGGAAGUGGAGUAAUGCUUUAA